ACUAGAUUAUGAAACACAAACGUAAUGGUGAUCGCCGUGAUUUGUAGUAAACUUGACUGAAUCUUUUUAAUUUUAUUUGUAUUUUCUAAUUAAUUAAUAUUGCUCCUAUAAUUUAGUACUGUGGCUACGGCCAUAUCAUGCUUUCUUAUGUCGGCAUUAGCUAAAACUUCAAUUUUAACCGAAGAGGGUGGAAAUCAGUGCAGAAAACGUUCUCUUCCAUCCAGUGAACAGUGCAAUAAAAGAUCAAAAACCGACGAUAUGAGUGCCAACGAGAAGAAAUCAAACUUUUCAUUGUUAAAUCCAAACAAUGGGACAAUUAAAACGAAUACGUCGUCUAUGAAUAAGCCAGGGGCAGCUACUAAGAAACUUAUUAUAAAAAAUUUCAAAAGCAAACCAAAUCUACCGGAGAACUAUCAGGAGACGACAUGGAGCAAAUUACGCGAAGCUGUGAUUGCUAUACAGACGUCGAAGGCGAUAGCCUAUUCCUUGGAGGAACUGUACCAAGCGGUUGAAAAUAUGUGCAGUCAUAAGAUGGCAUCUCAACUGUAUGUGAACUUAACAAAUUUAGUAGAAGCCCAUGUGAAGGCUAAUAUAGAACAAUUCCUGUCGGAGAGCAUGGACCGGCAAGUAUUCCUGAAGAGGAUGGAUGACUGCUGGCGUGCACACUGCCGACAGAUGAUCAUGAUACGCAGCAUCUUCCUCUAUUUGGAUCGCACUUACGUCCUGCAAAACCCUAGUAUACAUUCAAUAUGGGACAUGGGUCUAGAUUUAUUCCGGCAUCAUAUAGCUAUGAAUACACUAGUUCAAACGCGCACAGUGGAUGGACUGCUGCUACUAAUAGAGAGGGAACGAGGAGGAGACGCAGUGGACAUCUCAUUGCUGAAGAGCCUCUUACGCAUGCUCUCUGAUUUACAAAUAUAUCAGAAAGCAUUUGAAAAUAAGUUCCUGCAAGCAACCGAGCGAUUGUACGCGGCGGAGGGCCAACGCCUGAUGCGCGAGCUAGCCGUCCCCCAGUACUUGGCUCAUGUAGAGAAGCGAUUACGGGAAGAAAACGAGCGUCUACUGCAUUAUCUCGACCCUUCAACCAAAUGGCAAUUAAUUCACACAGUAGAACGACAAUUACUUAGUGAACACCUGUCUGGUAUCCUGAGCAAAGGUUUGGAGACUCUGAUGGACGGUCCAAGGUUGUCUGACCUCACCACACUGUAUAAUUUGUUCAGCCGAGUCAAGGAUGGCCUUAAUGAACUCUGUAAUCACUUCAAUGCUUAUAUUAAGAAAAAAGGUCGCACGAUAGUAAUAGAGCCAGAGCGCGACAAGACGAUGGUGGCGGAGCUAUUAGAAUUCAAGGAGCAAUUAGACCACAUAGUGAACACGUGCUUCCAGAGGAACGACAAGUUCCUCUACUCCAUGAGGGAAGCCUUCGAGUUCUUCAUCAACCAGCGGCAGAAUAAACCUGCUGAGCUUAUUGCCAAAUUCGUCGACGUGAAACUUCGCGCCGGCAACAAAGAAGCGACUGAAGAAGAAUUAGAGCGACUACUAGACAAAAUAAUGGUACUUUUCCGAUUUAUCCACGGCAAGGAUGUGUUCGAAGCGUUUUAUAAGAAGGAUCUCGCUAAAAGGUUACUGGUUGGCAAGUCAGCUUCGGUGGACGCUGAGAAGUCGAUGUUGAGUAAGCUAAAACAGGAGUGCGGCGGGGGAUUCACUUGUAAACUAGAAGGCAUGUUUAAAGAUAUGGAGCUGUCGAAGGAUAUCAAUAUUACUUACAAGCAGCACUUGACGGCGAUGAAGGAGGGCGGCGGACUAGAACUAUCGGUGUACAUCCUAACGAUGGGCUUCUGGCCGACAUACGCGCCGGUGGAGGUGCGGCUGCCGAUCGAGCUGACACGCCACCAGGAUCACUUCACUAAGUUCUACCUCGCCAAGCACUCGGGCCGCAAGCUGCAGUGGCAGGCCACGCUCGGACACUGUGUGCUGCGCGCCAACUUCACACAGGGUAACAAAGAGCUGCAAGUGUCGCUGUUUCAAGCGCUUGUUCUGCUGCUGUUCAACGAUGGAGACAACCUCUCUUUUGAAGAAAUCAAGACUGCCACCAACAUAGAGGAGGGCGAGCUGCGUCGCACCCUGCAGUCGCUGGCGUGUGGCAAGGCGCGCGUGCUGACCAAGGCGCCGCGCGGCCGCGAGGUCGACGACACCGACCACUUCUCCUUCAACGCGGACUUCACCAACAAGCUGUUCCGCAUUAAAAUCAACCAGAUACAGAUGAAGGAGACGAGUGAAGAACAGAAGGCGACCGAGGAGCGCGUCUUCCAAGACAGACAGUACCAGAUCGAUGCGGCCAUAGUGCGUGUCAUGAAGAUGCGGAAAGCGCUCUCUCACAACCUGCUCAUCUCUGAACUGUACAACCAACUCAAGUUCCCUGUUAAGCCGGCCGACCUCAAGAAACGCAUCGAGUCGCUGAUCGAUCGAGAUUACAUGGAACGGGACAAGGACAACCCCAACCAGUACAACUACGUGGCAUAAUCGCGGCGUCCGCGAGUGCACACCCCCGCAGGCGUAGCCGCUCGCCUCCGCCCGCUUCCGUUCGCAUCCGUUCGCGUCCGUUCACCUCCGUACGAAUCUGAAUCCGGUGCGAAAAUUUACUACAUUUGGAGUGAGAUGUAGCGGGCGGCUAGACAUGUAUAAAAGACGGUUAUGUGAAUGAAACUACCUUAUAGUUGUGUGGAACAAAUAAAUAUUUAUCUUAAACAGAUUGUUGCAAGAGAAAUGUAAUGUGAGAAAACUGGAAACAGAAUAGACAAACAGUUAACAUUCAAGUGUUUAUUUUAAAUAAAAAGAAAAUUAUAUAGUCAAUCAAAAAUUAUCGGCAGAUGUAAGAGGCUACGCUUGUCCCCAUAUUGUCUCUAAAUACGUAUCAUUUCUUUUCAAUCUACAAGUGUACCUUACUGUUAAAGGAGUCCAACCGCUGAAUUUAUUUAAAAGGGCUACAAGUUCUUUAUUGAAUAAAUAAAGAGGUUUAACAUCAAUAAAACCGCUAUUAUGUUGAUUUAUAUAUGUAAAUAUCAUACGAACUCAUAAAGAAAUUAUAUAUGAGUGACACAUAUAGUCUCCAAAUUUAGGAAAUAACAUUAUUUCUGUUUAGAUUGUGUAUCUGCAUCAAAAACCAUUCAGUUUAUGUCCCCUAAAAAGCUACGAUGAAGUACACUGAGCCUUGUAACAAAAAAAUGUACAGAUUUAUUGGCCAAAUUUAAAUAAAGCACAGGAUUUACAUUUCUACUAAUAUUGCAUAAUUUAUCCAAAUAUUAAAAAGUGCUGAAAAAGUGGAAUAUUCAACCAAAACAUGUUUCUAAGAGUCUGAUGAAAAACUUUUAUGCUGGUAUGCUGAAACCGUAGAUUCAGAUGGGCUAAAACAAAUUAAAUAGAUAACAUUUUUACUCAAGAAUUUAGUAAAGUUAAAACCAAAGUGUGUAGAACAUUCAAACUAGAUCCUCGAAUUAAUUUAUCUACAUAUAUCCUAUAGAAAUGUCUAGAAACAACGCUGCACAUUCGGAAUCUGGUUCCAUUAUAAAUAUAAUUAAAUAAGUAUAAUUACAGCUUGGAAACAUAACGUGUGAUAUUAGACAAUGGAUCAUCCUCCGAUAGAACGGACUCGCUCAUUUGUAGUGUUGCUUUAGAUUUUGUGUAGAUACAUUGAUUUUUAGUUAUGUAAGAACAUGCAUAGAAGCUUAUGUCCUUGAUGUUUCACAUUUUUAUAUAUUAAUUAUAUUUUAAAUAUCGAAUUUGCGUCUAUCAGAGCUCAUUCUUGAUUUAUGGAUUGUGAAUGGUACCAAUACACAUGCUUAAUUAUAAAGAUUUUUACAAAAAAAAAAAAACAAACACCUUCAAUUGCGACCAGUUAAUUUGGUCUAAAAAACCAAGUUACUGAACCGAUUUUGAUAACAUUUUUAUGAAACCAAGCUAUAUCUUUUCAGAUAAAAAAAAAUCCCAAAUCGGUUUACAAUUUGCUAAGAGGUAACGUAACAUUAAAAAAUAAUGCAACCGAAUUAAGAUCCUAUUUUUUUUAUAAUUGAAAAUAUAUAAAUAUCAUAAAUUAUACCUACAUUUGUAAUAUUUUACUUACAUAAUACUAUUUCUACCUUCUUACCUCUUACUUCGUCGUACCUAUUUUACCUCCACCAAGCUUUUCAUUUCCAGAGUGAAAUUACAUCUGUUUUUGAAGGCUGAGAAUAAAUGUGUCAUCAUCACGGUAUAUAUAUAUCAGAUAUAUAUAUAUAUAUAUAUAUAUAUAUAUAUAUAUAUAUAUAUAUAUAUAUAUAUAUAUAUAUAUAUAUAUAUAUAUAUAUAUAUAUAUAUAUAUAUAUACAUUUAGUCGCUAUUAUUAACGGGUAGAGGGAUGCCAAUAAUAGUGGGUACAUAAUGUAUGAAUUAGUAAUUUCAGCCAAUAUUUGAAGAGCAUGAGAUAGGUUUUAUGGGUCGGUAUACGCGAGUGAUACCUUACCCCAUCACAAAUUAAUGCUUAUGCACAAGUAUGCUUGGUUUCAAAAUAAAGUUACAUUUGUUAUCAGCAUUAAACAUGUGUAUUGGCGGCAUAAUUGUGGAAUGUGUAUUAUAUGAGUAAUAUAUUUCUAUUUGUACAUUUUGUAUCUUUUUUUUUUUUUAUACAAGAGUGUGUUUACUCGAGACCACAGUCUACAAAUUGUUUUGCAUAGUUCAUAUUAUGUUGCUUUUUAGUUCACGUUUUGUCUACACAACUAGUGCCCAAGUUAGAUUUCCAUCGAGUUACGUCAAAAUGGAGGGAUCGCUGAAUAAAUACUAUUUAUAAUUUUCA